AUGGGAUUCGAUGAAGGAAGAAUUAUAUUAGACAGUCCAAAUGGAGCUUAUUAUAGUGGAACGACAGUCAGUGGAAGACUAGUAUUUCAACAAGAAAAAGAAAAAAGUUUUCGCGGUAUUUAUGUGAAAUUUAAAGGAUAUUGCAAAGUACACUGGACUUCACAAGAGAGCUACACAGAUAGUGAUGGUAAAAGCCAAACUCGCACUAUCAAUCAUGAUUCUUAUGAAGAAUAUGUAAAUGUAAGAAGAUAUUUGGUUGGCGGACUGUCAGGAAGCUGUAAACUUGAUCGUGGCACAUAUGAAUAUCCAUUUGGAUUUGAUAUUCCACAAAACUGUCCUUCAUCUUUUGAAGGCACGUACGGCCAUAUUAGAUAUCACAUAAAAGUGAUAGUUGAUCGAGCAUUCAAAUUCGACCAAGAGAAGAAAGUCGCAGUCCGCGUAUUUAGUGUUGUAGAUCUUAACAGAGAUCCGUAUAGUAGGGAACCUAUACAAAUGGUAUUUAAUGAGAUAUACAAUUGUUGUUGUAUGGGCUCUGGUACAACUAACACAGUGGUAAACGUGCCGGUGUCAGGAUUUUGUUCUGGGCAGGUCAUGCCUAUAGAAGUCCAUUGCGACAACAAAGGCACCGUGGUAAUUGAUGAAAUAAAAAUGACUCUAAUAAAGAAAAUUAGAUUCAUAGCAUCAGUAAACCCAGCUGAAAAAUAUGAAAAAUGUAAUGUCGCUAGGAUAUCGAAAGGCCCCAUACCAACCAACACGCAGCGUAACUACACCGUCGAAAUGGAAAUACCCGCAUUGGACGUGUACAAUUUGAACAACUGCAGAUACAUCGAAAUAUAUAAUAAAUUAAAGGUGGUUGUCUGUCCAUCCGGAUGUCAUAGUAAUUCUGAUAACAGUCAGAAAAUUAUAAUCGGUAACGUUCCUUUAGUGGGCUACCAAGAUUAUGUACGGAAUCCAUUACAAGAUCAAAUGCCGCAACAAGUAGGAAUAGUUACACAGCAACCUUUACCCUCCUACUCCUGGAAUACCCCUUACCGAGCUGAUGAGGCUCCACACCCCGAGUCUAUCCCCUAUCCAAUGACUGAUAAUCCUCCCCCGUAUCCCGGUUAUACGACUUCAGAAACAGCGCCCUAUACAAAUCCACCUUAUCCCACAAAAAAUUCCUCUUAUUCGACUGAAUCGCCAUCUUAUACAAAGUCGCCUCAUGGUACCAGACCGGGGGUGGCCGCGUUGGGAACUGACAACAUGGAGUUUACUGCUUCAAGAGGAGAUAAUGUAUCUGACGUCCCCGCGGACCCGUACGCGGCGGCCAGCGCGCCGGCGCCGCACUCGCCGGUCACCGACAAGAAACAC